UUUUCCCCCACUUUCGUUCUCGCUCCUCUUUUUUCUCUCUUAGGAGUUUGGAGUGCCUUCGUUUCUUCUCUCUCGAGUCCUGUGGGUCUCGAACGUUGCAGCCAUGACCGACGGUCAUCUCUUCAACAACAUCUCCCUCGGCGGUCGAGGCGGAACUAAUCCUGGACAGCUAAAAAUUCACGCAGGAGGAAUUUUAUGGAAGAAACUGGGAGGAGGUAAAGCAGUUGAAGUUGAUAAGUCAGAUAUCUUAGGAGUGACAUGGAUGAAGGUCCCAAGGACAAAUCAACUUGGUGUUAGAAUCAAGGAUGGUUUAUAUUACAAGUUCACUGGAUUUCGUGAUCAGGAUGUCGCCAGCUUGACUAACUUCUUUAUGAACAAUUUUGGAAUAACACCAGAAGAGAAACAGCUUUCUGUCAGUGGUCAUAACUGGGGAGAAGUUGAUUUAAAUGGGAAUAUGCUUACCUUUGUAGUUGGUUCAAAGCAAGCCUUUGAAGUAUCUUUAGCUGAUGUCUCACAGACUCAGCUUCAAGGGAAAAAUGAUGUUAUUUUGGAGUUCCAUGUGGAUGAUACAACUGGAGCUAAUGAGAAAGAUUCUUUGAUGGAAAUCAGUUUCCACAUUCCUAAUUCCAACACCAAAUUUGUUGGUGAUGAAAAUCGCCCACCAGCUCAGGUUUUCCGUGACAAAAUUAUGUCAGUGGCUGAUGUUGGUGCUGGAGCGGAGGAAGCUGUUGUCACAUUUGAGGGUAUAGCAAUCCUAACACCAAGGGGUCGUUACAGUGUUGAGCUCCAUCUCUCCUUCUUACGGCUGCAAGGGCAAGCUAAUGAUUUCAAAAUUCAGUACAGUAGCGUUGUUCGUCUAUUUUUACUGCCAAAGGCUAACCAGCCUCAUACUUUUGUUGUUGUUACUCUUGAUCCACCCAUUCGUAAAGGGCAAACUUUGUACCCACAUAUUGUGUUGCAGUUUGAAACUGACUAUGUUGUUCAAAGUGAAUUGUCAAUGAGUGAUGAUCUGUUGAACACAAAAUACAAGGACAAACUGGAACCAUCUUAUAAGGGGCUUAUUCACGAGGUGUUUACCACGAUACUGCGCGGUUUAUCUGGUGCCAAAGUUACUAAACCUGGAAAAUUCCGUAGCUUCUCAGAUGGUUACGCAGUGAAGUCCUCACUUAAAGCUGAAGAUGGAGUGCUGUAUCCACUUGAGAAGAGCUUCUUCUUUCUUCCCAAACCUCCAACUCUUAUUCUUCAUGAGGAGAUUGACUAUGUUGAGUUUGAGAGGCAUGCUGCUGGUGGCUCAAAUAUGCAUUACUUUGAUCUUCUCAUAAGAUUAAAGACUGAGCAAGAACAUCUCUUUCGGAACGUUCAGAGGAAUGAAUACCACAAUCUUUUUAACUUCAUAAGUUCAAAGGGUCUAAAAAUUAUGAACCUAGGAGAUGAGCGAGCUGGAGAAGGUGUUGCUAAAAUUCUUCAGCAUGAGGAAGAUGAUGCUGUUGACCCGCAUCUUGAGAGAAUCAGGAAUGAAGCUGGUGGGGAUGAGAGUGAUGAAGAGGAUGAGGAUUUUGUUAUUGACAAGGAUGAUGGAGGCUCUCCAACUGAUGAUUCUGGGGAGGAGGGAUCUGAUGCUAGUCUAAGUGGGGAUGAGAAAGAGAAGCCUGUGAAAAAGGAUCCUAGGAAGGAGCCUUCAUCUUCUAAGGCAUCUAAAAAGAAAUCUAGAGAUGGAGACGAUGACAGCAAGAAGAAAAAACAGAAAAAGAAGAAGGAUCCAAAUGCUCCAAAGAGGGCAAUGUCUGGUUUCAUGUUUUUCUCACAAAUGGAAAGAGAGAAUGUGAAGAAAACAAAUCCUGGAAUUUCUUUCACGGAUGUGGGGAAAGCACUUGGGGAGAGGUGGAAAAAGAUGUCAGCGGAGGAGAAAGAGCCAUAUGAAGCCAAGGCUCGAGCUGAUAAAAAACGAUACAAGGAUGAAAUUAGCGGCUACAAGAACCCGCAACCAAUGAGCAUAGACUCAGGAAAUGACUCUGAAAGUGCAUAGAUUAGUCGCAGAUGUCGGAAGAUUUGUUAGUCUACGUCUAAUUUAUCAGCCUCUUUCUUUUGUCUUUGUAAGAAUUAUGUCAGUUCAAAUCUAAUUUAUUUGCUUAGCUAUCUAUAUUCCAUCUUUCUUUCUCCCACACUGGGAAAAAAAAAAUAUCUCCUGUGAAGAUCCAAACGUAUCAUGGCUUUUUUAGUAUCUAAUUUAUUUGCUUUGCUUCCCAGGUGACAGAUUCAAAAGCCAACCAAAAUAUUUUGCCAUUUUAUUAUGGCUUGUCUUUUUAGUAUCU